GGGAAGUGCGGAGCCGGCAAGCAUGGCCGCCGCCUGCUUUCCUGGCCGGCUGGCGGCUGCCCUGGCCACCUUGUUGCUCUUGUUUUUCGGAAGCUUGGCAGCUAGUCAGCUCGAGGAUCAAGCAGAACAAUUCUUUAGAAGUGGCCAUACAAACAACUGGGCUGUUUUGGUGUGUACAUCCCGAUUCUGGUUUAAUUAUCGACAUGUUGCAAAUACUCUUUCUGUUUACAGAAGUGUCAAGAGGCUAGGUAUUCCUGACAGUCACAUUGUCCUGAUGCUUGCUGAUGAUAUGGCAUGCAAUCCUAGAAAUCCCAAACCAGCUACAGUGUUUAGUCACAAGAAUAUGGAACUAAAUGUGUAUGGAGAUGAUGUGGAAGUGGAUUAUAGAAGCUAUGAGGUAACUGUGGAAAAUUUUUUGCGGGUAUUAACUGGGAGGAUCCCAUCUAGUACUCCUCGGUCAAAACGACUUCUUUCUGAUGAUAGAAGCAAUAUUCUCAUUUAUAUGACAGGACAUGGUGGAAAUGGUUUUUUGAAAUUUCAAGAUUCUGAAGAAAUUACCAACAUAGAACUUGCAGAUGCUUUUGAACAAAUGUGGCAGAAAAGACGGUACAAUGAGCUACUAUUCAUUAUUGAUACUUGUCAAGGAGCAUCCAUGUAUGAACGAUUUUAUUCUCCUAACAUAAUGGCUCUAGCUAGUAGCCAAGUCGGAGAAGAUUCACUCUCACAUCAACCUGAUCCUGCAAUUGGAGUCCAUCUUAUGGACAGGUAUACAUUUUAUGUAUUGGAAUUUUUGGAAGAAAUUAAUCCAGCUAGUGAAACUAGUAUGUAUGACCUUUUUCAGGUAUGUCCCAAAAGUCUCUGUGUUUCUACUCCUGGACAUCGUACUGAUCUUUUUCAGAGGGAUCCUAAAAAUGUCCUGAUAACUGAUUUUUUUGGGAGUGUACGGAAAGUGGAAAUUACAACAGAAACUAUUGGUUUGCAACAGGAUUCAGAAAUCAUGGAAAGCAGCUAUACGGAAGACAGGAUGGAUGAAGAUCUAAUGGAACCUUUGAAAUAUGCUGAACAACUUCCUGUAGCUGAAAUAAUACACCAGAAACCGAAGCUGAAAGACUGGCAUCCUCCUGGGGGUUUUAUUCUGGGAUUAUGGGCACUCAUUAUCAUGGUUUUCUUCAAAACUUAUGGAAUCAAGCAUAUGAAAUUCAUUUUUUAAACUGAAGGACAUAUGAAGAAGAAUAUAUUGAAAAUUUCAACCUUGGAUACGAAUUUGUUAUUAUGUGUUUUUUAAAAUACAUUACUCUUGUGUAAAUUGGAAAAAAGUAUAAGAAAACUAAAUGUAAAUGAACUAUUGACUUCAUAA